AAGUGUCGCUCCACCCCGCCGUCCGCUCGGCCGCUGCUGAACACGGAACUGCUGUAUGCGCUGCUCCAUCUCUGCAGUCACAGGAGAGACAGACGUACUCCGAAAAACCGAGGACAUUAUCAUUUUCCGGACUGAGUGUCGCUUGUGCUGUCACUAACGAUGUUCCGCUUGCGGGCAUUGUCCGCAGUUUCAGUGGGGCUAGUGCAGUUGUCCCGCCGCUACCACAGUGGGGCAGUGCGGGGUUCUGGCCGGAGGAGGCUGAUGCUGGCAGCCCUGGCUGGGGUAACUGGUGUGUCUGCUAGUGCUGGGCUGCUCUGGAACAGAGCAUAUGCAGAUGCAGGGCCUUCAGUUCAACACACUGAGCGUCCAGGCACAGAGCAAGCAGAUUUCGUGAGGGAUACAGAAGCUGAAAUGGACUCAGAGAAAUCGGUGGAGGCCAGCAGCGGAGAUGAAGAUUCAAAGGAUGAAGGUGGAGCGGGGAAAAAAAAGAAGCCACGCUCUGGAUUUCGUGACCGCAAGGUGAUGGAGUACGAGAACAGGAUAAGAGCGUACUCCACUCCGGACAAGAUUUUCCGCUACUUUGCCACCCUGAAGGUCAUUGGUGAACACGGAGAUGCUGAGGUCUACAUGACGCCCCAGGACUUCAUACGCUCCAUCACACCUAAUGAGAAGCAGCCUGAGAAUCUGGGCCUGGAUCAGUUCAUUGUGAAGCGCUACGAUGGGAAGGACUUCUGGCAGACGGAGAAGAUUGCCCAGGAGCGGGAAAAGUUUGCAGAUGAGGACAGCAUAUUUUUCACGCUGGGAGAAUGUGGCCUUAUCUCCUUCUCUGACUACAUCUUCCUCACCACUGUGCUGUCAACUCCCCAGAGGAACUUUGAGAUUGCCUUCAAAAUGUUUGAUCUGAAUGGUGACGGAGAGGUGGAUCUGGAAGAGUUUGACCAGGUCCAGAGCAUCAUUCGUUCCCAGACCAGUAUGGGCAUGCGACACCGCGAUCGUUCCACCACAGGAAACACCCUAAAGACAGCGGGCUGCAGCUCUGCUCUCACCACCUACUUUUUCGGAGAAGACCUUAAGGGAAAACUCACCAUCGGCAGCUUUCUGGAAUUUCAGAAGAAACUGCAGCAUGAUGUACUCAAACUAGAGUUCGAGAGGAACGAUCCUGUGAAUGGCAGAAUCAGCGAGAGACAGUUCGGGGGCAUGUUGCUGGCUUAUAGUGGCGUCCAGUCUCGUAAACUCAAGCAGAUGCAGAAGGGCUUGAAGAAGAUGUUUAAGGAUGCACAGGGCAUCACAUUCGAGGAGGUGGAGAAUUUCUUCACUUUCCUAAAGAACGUGAAUGACGUGGACACGGCGUUGAGUUUCUACCACAUGGCUGGAGCCUCCAUAGACAAAGUUACAAUGAAGCAGGUGGCCCGCACUGUCGCCAAAGUGGAGCUGUCGGAUCACGUGUGCGACGUGGUGUUCGCUCUCUUCGACUGUGACGGGAACGGGGAACUUAGUAAUAAGGAGUUCAUAGCCAUUAUGAAGCAGCGGCUGAUGCGGGGGCUGGAGAAACCCAAAGACAUGGGCUUCACCCGUCUGGUGCGCGCCAUGUGGAAGUGCGCCCAGGAUACCGCCUGGGACUUCGCCACACCAAAGACAUAAUAGAGACAUGGGGCAACGUGUGAGCGGGGAGAGAAAAUACAGUGUGUGAAUAAAACAGCAACAACGUCAGUAGCAUCAAAGCCGCCCUCCUUCAACUGGUCGCCAGAAUUUAAACAGACACUUAAUGCAACAAACUCAUUAGAACUGCAGCUCUGAGGGCCAUAAGCAAUCGUUAAUGCAUGUCGCUGUAGUUCACACUAUCAAUAUAGUGACUGAAGCAUGCUGACGCAGCCCAGUGUGUCCUGAAAGGCUUCUCUAGCAUGCCUCUCCAAGGCAUCAUGGGUAGUUGUACAUUUUAGAGCAUACAAAAUGUAUAUGUUUAUUUUUGUCACACUCUAUAGAGGAAUGCUGGGUCAGCAGGUGACUGUGUGACCCUUUCUCAAACGCUAAAAUGGCACUUUUUUUAUCCAUAUUUAACAUGUUUUACUGCAAAAGUCGAGGCACGAAUUGGGAUCGAUGUUCUCUGACCUUCAGCUGUGUAAUUGCCGCAGUAUGUCUGUUCUAUACUGACAACAGACCCUCUUUUAUUUCUCCGGCUGGACAUAAUCUUGUUAGCUGCAGCUGCUUCUUUACCCCUAUCAUUCUGUUUCCAUAAAAGAUCAAUGAUGCUUGUCUCGCUCUACAAUUUACUGUUCAAAGUGUGUACUCUGCUAAUUAUUAUUGCCCACUGAAACACUUUAUAUAAGAUGGAUGUUAAAAGAAAUGCUCUAUUAAAGAUGUUUUUCAUAAUG